UUGAAGUUACGUCCCUUUGUGCUAGGUGAUUAUGUCAACAAAUACCUGUCAGAAUGUGUACGUGCUAAUUUUAUAGUGGAUUAGACAUAACUGAGAAGCAAGUUUAAGUACAUACUGUACAUCAAUGGCAAAUUCUCACUUCAAAUAUUUGUCAAGAAAGUUAGCAGAACUUAGGCAUGAUGGAUAUCUUCUGGACUCACAACUUUUGACCAAACAGAAGCCUGUAUCUCUGCAUAAAACUUGUUUUGGCAGUAUUCUCGUCCCACAUAAGGCAAUCAUGUAAAACCCAAGUUGGACAAUGGCAGGUGUCAGCCAAUGAAUAUACAGAGUCAGAUAUUGAGAAUUUAGUUGAGUUUUUAUAUGAUGGAGAUGUUGAAAUUGGUAGUAAGAUUACUGAAAUCAUCCAUUCCCUGCAACUUGACUUAUCUGUUGACCAAAGAAUUCGCAAAAAGAAAAUUUCAAAAGGAGAAUCUGUUCAACAUGUUGUGAAUCUUGAAUUGAAAUAUCUAAGGAAUUUGGUUUUUGAAAUGGAAGUUCCAAAAUUGUUAAAUGAUCAUAGAGUGUGUUUGGAUGUUACUAUACGAGUUGGUCGUAAAAUGUUUUCUUGUCACAAAAUUUUGCUUGCUGCAAUGUCAUCUUAUUUUCAAGUUAUGUUUACAUCCGGAAUGAAAGAAGAAUCUGAUGAUGAAAUUAUAAUUAAAGGUAUUCAGCCUGAAAUGUUUUCUGUGAUUCUGGGUUAUAUAUACACAGGGAAAAAUCCAGUGAACACGUCUAAUGCACAAGAUCUGCUGUCAGCGGCUGUUUAUUUACAGGUUGAAUCCUUACAAAAAUUGUGUGAAGAGUUUCUUGCAAUGCAAAUUGAUACAAAUAAUUGUGUUGAUAUCUGGACUUUUGCUGCAGCAUAUAAUUGCCCGUUUCUUUCUAAUGAAGCCUGGAAAUACGUUGUUGAAAAUUUCAAUACUAUCAAUUGUUUGAAGCUGCAAAAAAGUUUCAAUUUGACAGACAUUAAAAAACUGCUAAAAGAAGAAAAUCUUAAUGUCAAUGAUGAAAAACAAGUUUUACAAUUUACACUUGGAUGGGUUUUAAACAAUAAUCAACCAGAAAGUCUAGGUCAAUUGUUGAUAGAUGUAAGGUUGACCUUAGUUGAAAAAUCAUUUCUGGAGGAAAUUUUAAAGAGCCAUAAAGUAGUAAAAAGUGACAAAGAAUGUCAAAAGUUAAUUCAGAAUGCUAUAGAUACAAUGAAAAGUGGCUCCACAUGUAACCCAAGGAAAGAAAAAGUUUUCAUAGUUUUAAAAAGAAGUUCGAAACUUUCUAGUGUUGAAAUUGGAUGUUGUAGCUUAUCUCAAAAGAAAUGGUAUAUGUUGGAACCUAACACUGUAUGUGAAGGUGGGACAGGCUUUGCUGCUUGUGCAACUGAAGAUUCCAUUUUCAUGUCAGGGGGAACUUCUGUCCCAUAUAGUUUUUACAAAUUCUCUGUUUCUGAGAAUAAAUGGACUCGGCUACCCGAUAUGAAAACUGGCAGACACUCACAUGCUACAGGCUAUGUUGACCAAGCUGUUUAUGUUUUAGGAGGCACUGGUGUGUCUUCAGAAGCUUUCAUGGUUGUUCAAAGUAUCGAAAAGUAUGAUAUCAAACAGGCAUGUUGGAAGACUGUUCUUAAUAUGGAAAUUCCAACCUAUGAUUCUGCCUUUGCAACAAUUAAAUCAAGGAUUUACAUAUUUGGUGGCUCAAUUGGAAGUUUAGCUGGUGUUUAUAUAAAGGAUAUUCAGUGCUACGAUACCAUUUCUAAUACAUGUACAAAACUGUAUCACAAUCUCCCAUUCACUCUAAGCUUAGGGACUGCUUGCUGUUCUAACAGAGAUAUAUACAUUACAUGUCCCAAUGGCAAAAUGAUACACUACAAUGAAGACUCUGUCCCAUCUGUCAUCAAUGAGACCAAAGGAUCGCAGCUAAUGGGCUUUGCAACACUGUACCAUGAACAUGCCAUUUACAUCAUGGGUGGUUACUCUAUGAUAGGUGAAACAGAUGCUGUACACAAGUUUGAUCUAAGUUCUCGGAAACAGGUCCAAAUUUCACAGUUAAAAUUGCCCUUCAAAAAAAUGACAAAUGAAUUAUUCGCGAUACCCAUGCAUAUCAGUAGAAAGUUUUUGACAAAGGAGUACAUGACAGCAGAGGAAUCAAAAAGAAAAAAUGUCAGUCCAAGAUGGGCAAACGUUAGACACUAAAAAAUCUAAGAUGGGCAAAUGUUAGACAAUAAAAAAUCUAAGAUGGGCAAAUGUUAGACAAUAAAAAAUCUAAGAUGGGCAAAUGUUAGACAAUAAAAAGGGAUAGAGAAAAAAAAUCAUUAUUACAUAUACAUGUAUUGUACUAAUAAUGCUUAUAAAUAUGGCAAAAAACUGCAAAGGUUCAUAAAAUUCAAUUAAUCAUAAUUAUAUCACUUUGACAAAACUGCUUUAUAGUAGCUAGGUAACAUUCAAAGACUAGAAAACAGAGUAAAUUUUAGCAGUUUUGAAAGUAAACUACCUAUGUUUAUGGCUUUAACAUGCUAUUCUGUAUAAUUAUUUGUUUUUCUAAUCUGGAACAAUGCAUUGAUUCUUAUAUAAGAAUGAAUUUAACUAGUCAGAAGUAUAUAUGUAGAGCUUGAUCAGACUGCAAAAAUGUGCUUGCAUACUGACUCUACAGAUUUUGGUGCCAUAAUUAUGUC